ACCAUGAUUGGAUGGAUUGAAUUUGAUGUGUGAUUUUCUGGUCUAUCCAAUUUUUGGUCCACAAAAACUGCACUUUUGCACUUUCUCUCUCUUCACAGACUUCUUCUAUCUUUUUCCUUGUUUUUGGUUAAGUAUCUUUUUUGUUUUCACCUUGUUGUAGUGCAUUGAGUUCAGCUGCUGAAGAGUUCAGGUGAUUCAUGUGGAAAUGUUUGAGAUUUGAGAAGUUGGACAAUUAUGUGUAUUAUAUGCUGUUUCAGAAAUAGAAAGAGAAGAGGCUAAAUAUAUAUAUGAAGAGAGGGAAUGAUGGGGAGAAAAUUAUGGGGCCUAUGUUUCCUAGGCUUCAUGUGAAUGAUACUGAGAAGGGAGGGCCAAGAGCACCACCGAGGAACAAGAUGGCCUUGUAUGAGCAGCUUAGCAUCCCUUCUUCACACAGGUUCAGCCUGGCGCAUAAUCCGAGUGCCGGUUUGGUACAGGGUGGUGGAAAUGGCAGGGGAAUGUUUUUUGCUCGGCAACUACAUCCUAUGCACCCAUCUGAGAUGCAAUACAGCCAGUAUUCUGAAUUAAGCACUCCACUGGCACAACUGGAGCAAAGAAAGAAAGUGGAUGAAGACGACUAUACGGUUCCUGUUUUCAUCCAGCCUGUACCUGCAAAAAUCGAUAAAUAUAGCAACCGCAUACGCCAGCAGAAGUUUUCACCCUCCGAUCCUCCUCAUCCUUCGUUGAAGUUCCAAAAGGCCAAAGGAACGGGCAUGUUUCAGCAUAGUGUAGGACAAGAAGAGGGAAGCAAGAAGGGAGAAAAUUCGAAUCAGUCUGUGUCUUGCCAGAAGCAAACCGUUUCGUCUGUUAGUCAUGAUCCAGGAACUAGAUUAAGGACUGAUGAUAGUGGACAGCAAGAGCUCUGUGCUGAGUCGCGACUUUACAAUGAUGGUCAGGAUAGGGCUAACAUGGCAGCUGCAGCGAAAACAAAUUCAUCUGAUUCAGAGGAAGCUUCACUGUUGGGAGAGGAGAAUAUGGUCCAUGAUCUUAGUGAUGACACGGGAUCUCAUGUAGAUGAGUCUAGUAGGCAUCCGCAAAUAGGGAGCUUGGAGAGGGGCAACAGUGUUUCUGAAUCAUCCAUUUUGAAUACUGAAUCUGCCCUGGAUAUAACACCAGACGAUAUUGUAGGUAUAUUAGGCCAGAAGCAUUUCUGGCAAGCGAGAAGAGCUAUCAUGAAUCAGCAAAGAGUUUUUGCAGUUCAAUUAUUUGAGUUGCAUAGAUUGAUAAAGGUUCAGAAAAUGAUUGCUGCAUGGCCAAAUCUUUUAGUCGAGGACUCGGGUUUUGUCAACAAACCUACGACACCAAUACUCGGGAAGAAACGGCCUCUGGAUUCGAAGGAAAAAUGCAACUCAGAUACUCCAUGUCACAAGAAAGAACGCUCUGCUGAAAACAGUCUUGAGAAAGUGCCCUUUUCUGCAGCUCAAAACGAGGUUCCGCCUUCAAGCUGCAGGCCGUCUGCCAUCACAAGCAACGACCCUAACAAUGCUCGAACCCCUCUUGUCAAUCAUGCGGAAGGGCACCAGUGGUUGAUUCCUGUGAUGUCUCCUUCAGAAGGACUGGUAUACAAGCCAUAUCCAGCGCCCGGAUUUCCUGGCCAAGGUUGUGGCUCGGGGCCAAAUCCGGCAACAGGUGGCUUCCUGGCUCCUGUAUUUACUGCAAUGCCCCAAUACCCUUUUCCUUCGUUGCAUCCGUAUGCGCCUCAUGGCUACUUCCCGUAUGGCAUGCCGAUGAUGAGUCCCCACUCUGUAGCUGCCAUGCCUACUGAGAAUAACUCGGAUGGGCUGGACCGGCAUCUGUCUGAGGAGAUUGAAGUGCAAUGGAGCAGUUCUAGCAGCCCAAGUGAGAGACAGCCUAGUAGCAGUGUGGAGGCAGCAAACAUUCUUCCAGUCCUCCCUACACAGUCUCGAACUUGGGUUCGUACCCCUCGGGUGAUCAAGGUUGUGCCGCGCAAUGGUGUAUCAGCGUCUGAAUCUGCUGCAAGAAUUUUCCAGUCCAUUCAAGAAGAAAGAAUGCAGCAUGAUUCAAUGUAACUUUUUUGCAACUUCAUUCAUUUUGGUUAUAUCUGCAAAUUCUUGGAAAAAUGUAGUAGUAUGUAUGUGUUAAUCUGUGAUUUUCUUUUUCUAACAUGUGACCAGAAUUAGUGGUAUUUCAUUUUGAUCAAAUGUGGGGUGAUUGGCGUUUGAUGAAUGCAAAGUGUAAACCCAAUAAUUAGUAUUGUGAGUA